CGGGCCCCGCGCAGCGCCCGGCGGCCGCCAGAGCACCCCGUGCCGCCCUCCCGGCGGGCCCAUGCGCCCUGCGUUGCCGCCUCAUUGCAGCCGCCCCGGCGUUCCCUCCUCCACGUGCGCAAUACUUCCUGGCUUCUAAGGAAAAUGGCAGAAACCCCAGCCGAGGCUUCCGGGCGGCUUGUGCUGCACUCCGACGCUCACAGUGAGGUUGUGCUGGCCAGGUUUGAGGAUCAGAGGAGGAAAGGCUUUCUCUGUGACAUUACUUUAAUCGUGGAGAACGUGCAUUUCCGGGCCCACAAAGCCUUGCUUGCUGCCAGUAGUGAAUACUUCUCAGUGAUGUUUGCUGAGGAGGCGGAGAUCGGUCAGUCCAUUUAUAUGCUGGAAGGCAUGGUGGCCGACACGUUUGGUGUCCUGCUGGAAUUUAUCUACACGGGUUGUCUCCAGGCCAGUGAGAAAAGUACAGAACAAAUCCUGGCUACCGCUCAGUUCCUGAAAAUCCACGACCUGGUAAAGGCUUACGCGGACUUUCAGAAUAAUCAUUGUUCCCCAAAGCCGACAACUUUGAACACGGCGGGUGCUCCAGUGGUUGUUAUUUCUAAUAAGACAAAUGAUCCCCCAAAGCGGAAACGGGGAAGACCUCGGAAAGUCAGGAGUUUGCAGGAGGGGAGAUCGGAAUUGGCCGCCGAGGAAGACAUACAGCUGAGAGUGAACAAUUCAGUUCAGAAUAGGCAAAACUUUGUGGCCCAGGAGGGAGACAGUGGCCUGCUGAAUGACCAGCUGCCAGGGAAAGAAGUGGAAGAGUCUGUGUCUGCUGGUGAGCCAGGCAGAGCGGAGGAAGUGCCGGCUGAAGACGACGAGAACUCUGACCCUAAGACCCAGGAUGGGCAGGAGGGCCAGAGUCGGUGCGGCAGGCGGAGGCUGCGGAGGUCCAUCAAGCUCAAAGACUACAGACUUGUUGGGGAUGAAGAUGACCAGGGCUCCGCCAGGAGGGUCUGUGGAAGGAGGAAGCGCCCUGGCGGCCCCGAGGCCUGUUGUAAAGACUGUGGCAAAGUGUUUAAGUACAGCCACUUUUUAGCCGUCCACCAGAGGAGCCACACAGGGGAGCGACCUUUCAAGUGUAAUGAGUGUGGGAAAGGCUUUGCCCAGAAGCACUCGCUGCAGGUCCACGCCAGGAUGCACACAGGCGAGCGGCCGUACGCCUGCACCGUGUGCAGCAAGGCGCUCACCACCAAGCAUUCGCUGCUGGAGCACAUGAGCCUGCACUCAGGACAGAAGUCUUUCACCUGUGAUCAGUGCGGAAAGUAUUUCAGCCAGAAAAGACAACUAAAGAGCCAUUACCGAGUUCACACAGGCCGCUCACUGCCGGAGUGCGCUCACUGCCAUCGCAAGUUCAUGGACGCGUCGCAGCUGAGGAAGCACCUGCGAACCCACACAGGUGAGAAACCCUUCACUUGUGAAAUCUGUGGCAAAUCUUUCACGGCCAAGAGUUCUCUGCAGACCCACAUCAGGAUCCAUCGGGGAGAGAAGCCGUACUCCUGCGGUAUAUGCGGCAAAUCCUUCUCCGACUCCAGCGCCAAGAGGAGGCACUGCAUUCUGCACACGGGCAAGAAGCCCUUCUGCUGCCCCGAGUGCAGCCUGCAGUUCGCCCGCCUGGACAACCUGAAGGCUCACCUGAAGGUCCACAGCAAAGAGAAGCACGCGCCGGACGCCAGCAGCGCUUCCGGCAGCAGUAGUACCGACGAGGUCAGGAAUAUUCUUCAGCUGCAGCCGUACCAGCUGUCCACGUCUGGGGAGCAGGAAGUCCAGCUGCUCGUAACUGAUUCCGUCCACGACAUCAGUUUCGUGCCUGGUCCCAGCCAGGGAAUCAGCAUCGUCGCUGCAGAGAGCUCCCAGGGCAUGACCGCGGCCCACGCGGCCGACCUCACCCUGCUCACGCAGCAGCCGGAGCAGCUGCAGGGUCUGAUUCUGUCGGCUCAGCAGGAGCAAACAGAGCACAUUCAGAGCCUCGGUAUGAUUGGAGGCCAGAUGGAGGCCUCACAGGCCGAGCCGGUGCACGUGAUCACGCUCUCCAAGGACACCCGACAUCUUCUCGCCCAUCAAGAACAAGCAGGGGCUCCAGCUGGCUGCGGCGUCGGGCCCUGCUCAGCAGCUGCCACUGCCGCAGGCGCCCACUGCCCCGCCGGCCCCCCACCCGGGGCCCCAGCCCGCACCCCUCGGCCAGGAGCCCAGCUGAGCGCGCCGUGUCCCGCAGCCACGUGAAGCCAGCCGUCUGCAACGCUGCUCACUGUCCUGGAGACGCGACAGUGCCUCCUCCCGGCCACACGUGCGUGUCCACGUCUUGCCCCUGCGCUGGUUGGGACGUAGUGUCUCAGCGUGGACGGAUGGGUUCCCUUCCCACCCGCUGCAUCUCUUAAUAGAGACGUGGGUGAAUCUUCCUUGGGGGCCUUGAUGUGGACUUUGGGUAAGGAUUAAAUGCCCACAGCAUGGGCUUUGGUCUUGCUGACCUUUCCGGCUACAUUUUUUAUUUCAGAACAAAGGGAAUCGUGUUGGGUGAGUGGAGCAGAAAGGUUAGUCUGCUGUCAGCCUCUUCAGCAGGGCAAGUCUGGGGAGUCCGUCAGUAACUUCGGUCCCCUAAGACGGAGGAAGUCGCUCAGCAUUCACUCUUUGUGAGGGACAGGAGGGUCCUAGUGCCGUGUAGCAGGUAGAUUCAAAGACGUGUAAACUACAUACUAUUUUAACUCAGAAUUCAUAUGACAAGAAACCAUAAGCAUAGAACUGUUUUUUAAAUUCUGAACUCAGCUUUUUUCUGAGAAACAUGGAUUCACAUAUAUUUUUUAAAAGCAGGUCAUUGAAAAUUUAAAUGUCUGAUUAAAGUACGGAAUUGGCUCAAGACACCACGAAUGAAUUAUGAAUCUCCAUCAGCAACGACACUUGAUCUUCUUGAUGAAGUUAACGCUUUCUCAAUUAUCUUGGAAUAUAAAAUUUUAUUCAGUGUAAUUUAAAGUGUCAAAUACACUACUGAAUUCUAAGUGAUCUCUGAAAAUGUU